AGAUGCGUUGACUGUGCAUGUUGACAUGACCACACCAUAACAAGCCACAACAAUGUGGGCUCCAAAUAGAGCCCAACAAGGAGAUUGUCAGAUAGUUGUAUUUGUCGGCAUACAGAGAUUAAGAUAUGAGGAUGGCGCCCGAGUGGGCUAUUAUUCCAGCCGAAAGAGCUAGCCAGAUCGUACAGAGGAGCCGAUAUUUUAUAGCACGGGCUUGAAAAUGAAAUUGAAUGCCCGAAGAUUGGAUUGAACACCAGCCUAUCUUUUAUCGUGCAGUGGAUGAAACUCAGCAUGUAGAAACAACUGUCUUCGGCUCUCUCACACUGUAAACAUAAAAUGUCAAAUUUGUACUUGAGAUGCUUGGUGCUGCCUGAUGGUACGACUUGAGACAUCGCACAGCCCUCCAUGAGGAUAGUCACAGACAGAGCCCUAUUAUAAUUUUCUCAUAUCUGCAGCGAUGAUUUGAACGAUACCUUGAAAUUAGUUUCGAAAACCCUGUGGACAGCCAAAAAAGAAUUGACGCAUGUGCCAGUUGUUCUAAGUUGUGAGUUGCUUUAAGCAUUUCUCCUUUGAAAUUGGAACCUGACGAAAAGUUUUCAAGAUGUCUGACUCGGAAGGCGAGGGACCUCAGCGCGAGCAGCAGCUGAAGAUUGUCAUACUGGGAGAUGGUGCUUCGGGAAAGACAUCUCUGGCCACCAGAUACUCCCAGGACCAGUUUGGCAAGCAGUAUCAACAGACUGUCGGUCUGGACUUCUUUCUCAAGAGGAUAAUUAUAGGAGAUGACACUCAUGUCACACUACAGGUGUGGGACAUUGGGGGACAGACUCUCGGCGGUAAAAUGCUGGACAACUAUGUCUAUGGAGCUAAGGGUGUGCUCCUGGUCUACGACAUCACAAGCUACAACAGUUUUGAGAAUGUUGAGGACUGGUAUUCGAAAAUCAAGGAAGUAUUCAAAGACCAAGAGCAUUACCCUCAUAUAGCGCUGGUCGCCAACAAGAUGGACCUAGAACACAUGCGGGCAGUGAAGGCCGAUAAACACCAGCGGAUGGUACAGGAACAUAGCUUCUCCAGCCAUUUUGUGUCUGCAAAGACUGGGGACACGGUUGACCUGUGUUUCCAGAAGAUAGCAGCAGAAAUCCUUGGUGUCAAAUUAUCGAGGUCUGAAAUGGAACAAGCAAACAGGGUCGUCAAAGCUGAGGUCGUUAACUACAACGAUCCGUCACCGAGACCCCCAACCAAUCAGACCAGGAGCUCCAUGUGCUCUGUCAUGUGAUGCUUGUUAAAGCGCACUGCCAAGAACGAUAGACUUGUGCUUUGCCCACGUACAUGUACACAACAGACUUUCGACAUCAGUUGGUCGUGGUAGCCUGUCACCUGUAGAUGUGGAAAUUUACUAUCGGUGUCAGCGGUGGGAUUACAUGUGUCUGCAGAUAAGAGGAAGCCUACUGACUUUGGUGCUGCUCUAAGCAACUGGACUUCAAAAAGUGCUGUUAUCUCAAAGAGAAUCCAUCCACUUGGAAUGGGGUUUGAAACACCGGUCUGCAGAACACUGUCUUUGAGUUUUUGUUAAUUUUUGACUGCUUGUGAAAGUGUUUUUCAUCAAACAGGCACAUUGUGUUCCCUCUACCAUAGGGAAAUCUUGCACAAAUUUUUCUCGGAGUUCAUGGUAAGAUGAAGGUCACAGGGCGUAGUGCAAAACCAGGGCAAUACGCGAAGUCCAUCACAAAUCAAUCGCGAGUCAGCAGUGUUGUGGUCCAGUCCAUCACAAGUCUGUCCCAAGUCUGGUCAAAAGAAAAACACAAGUCCUUUCACAAGUCCGGUCACAGGUAACAGGGAAUGAACAACUGUGCAAUGAUUUUGUCGAGAGUUCAUUUGUAUAGUUUGUGACUAGACUCUAGACUGAAGGACUUGUGAUGGACUUGCGAUGGACACGACUCUGUGCAAGUCGGGUCACAAGUACACGUAACAGUGGGGGAUAGUUUGUCUAUGUCUAGCCCAGGUUGGACUCUGUUGUGUACACGCAACAGAGUCCAGGGUAUGAAUCUCUCCUGCCAUAACG